AUGUCUAUUGGUACGGUGGAGGCGGAAUUUGUGAGGUGUGAAUGCGAGAUGGCGGAUAUUGUCGUUGUCAUCGCUACCCUGCGCCCAAAACCGACGGAGCCUCCUGAAGAUGCUGGCAUUGCAAUCCACUGCUGCCCCUUCUCCAACUAUCCCAAACCAAGCAAGAAAUUCGGCUCCCACCAUGAUCAGCUUAGUUCUAAUGGAGCAGGAUCAUCUGCACUGGUUUGUCUUAUCACAUGGUCAGAGGUGACCGAGAUGGCCACAUUGGCGGCGGCAGUAAAUGAAUAUGUGGUUCAAUCGGAGAACAUAUAG